GGCUCUGUUUCUGAGAAGCACAUCUAAAAUCUCCGUCCUUUCCCCUCUCUAAUUUAGUUCUCUGUUCCUUUCUACAUCCGUCCAUGGUGGCCGUGGUGAUGGCGAUUCACACAAAUUAGGGUUUCUUUUUUCUCUUUUUGUAAGAAAUUGACCUCACACGUCUCGAUUCGAUCUCUUUCGUCUCUGUCAUCAUCAUCCCCACCGACAGCAACUCUCCAAGUCUCCGUAUUUCCGCGUCUGAUCAGCCAUUUGUCGCGUGCGACCACCCUGGUUAUUCAUGGCGUUGAAAUCCAGUUCUGUUGAUAAUAAAACCCGGAGCUCUGUACAGAUCUUUAUCGUUGUCGGGUUGUGCUGCUUUUUCUACAUUCUGGGUGCAUGGCAACGGAGCGGGUUCGGUAAAGGAGACAGUAUUGCUCUGGAGAUGACGAAGAGUGGAAUAGAUUGCAACUUGGUUCCCAGCUUGAGUUUCGAGACUCAUCACUCUGGCGAUUUGACCGUCGAUGAAUCAUCAAAGCCUGAGGCUUUCGAGCCAUGUGAUGCCCGUUUCACCGAUUACACUCCCUGCCAAGACCAAAGGCGGGCCAUGACUUUCCCGAGGGAAAACAUGAUUUAUCGAGAAAGGCAUUGCCCACCCGAGGAAGAGAAGCUUCAUUGCCUGAUACCGGCUCCCAACGGGUACGUGACUCCGUUCCCAUGGCCCAAGAGUCGUGACUAUGUGCCCUACGCAAAUGCACCGUACAAGGCCUUGACAGUGGAGAAGGCUAUUCAGAAUUGGAUUCAGUACGAGGGGAAUGUAUUCAGAUUCCCUGGUGGUGGAACUCAGUUCCCCCAAGGUGCGGAUAAAUAUAUUGAUCAGCUCGCGUCUGUGAUACCGAUGGGCAAUGGAACGGUUAGGACAGCAUUGGACACUGGUUGUGGGGUUGCUAGUUGGGGUGCAUACUUAUGGAGCAGAAAUGUCGUCGCUAUGUCUUUUGCACCGAGAGAUUCCCAUGAAGCGCAAGUACAAUUUGCUCUCGAGAGGGGUGUUCCCGCUGUUAUCGGUGUUCUCGGUACCAUAAAAUUGCCAUACCCUUCGAGAUCUUUCGACAUGGCUCACUGCUCUCGAUGCCUGAUUCCAUGGGGCGCAAAUGACGGGAUGUACUUGAUGGAAGUCGACCGUGUCCUUAGACCGGGCGGUUAUUGGGUGCUCUCUGGUCCGCCCAUUAACUGGAAGACCAACUACAAGGCAUGGCAGCGCCCCGAGGAUGAGCUUCAGGAGGAACAACGAAAGAUCGAGGAGAUUGCCAAACUUCUUUGUUGGGAGAAGAAGUACGAACAUGGCGAGAUCGCCGUUUGGCAAAAGAGAGUUAACGACGAGUCGUGCCGUUCAAGACAAGACGACCCUCGAGCAAAUUUCUGCAAAACCGAUGACCCUGAUGAUGUCUGGUACAAGAAAAUGGAGGGUUGCAUCACUCCGUAUCCAAUGGUAAGCAAUCCAGACGAGGUUGCCGGGGGCAAACUGAAGGUUUUCCCUGAGAGGCUCAACUCGGUGCCUCCAAGAAUCUCGAGCGGUUCCAUCCCGGGAAUCUCUGUCGAGGCAUACCAAGAGGACAGCCGUGAAUGGAGAAAGCAUGUAAAAGCGUACAAGAGAAUCAACAGUCUCCUCGACACUGGAAGAUACCGAAAUAUAAUGGAUAUGAACGCGGGUUUCGGCGGAUUCGCAGCAGCUAUCGAGUCCCCAAAGCUCUGGACGAUGAACGUAGUGCCCACGAUUGCCGAGAAAAACACGCUCGGCGUUAUAUACGAGCGAGGACUCAUCGGCAUUUACCACGACUGGUGCGAGGCUUUGUCGACGUACCCAAGAACAUACGACCUGAUCCACGCAAACCAUCUCUUCAGUCUGUACAAAGACAAGUGCGACAUGGGAGACAUUCUCGUGGAGAUGGAUCGGAUUCUACGCCCGGAAGGGGCGGUAAUAAUCCGGGACGAGGUCGAUGUUUUGGUGAAGGUGAAGAAGAUGAUAGGCGGGAUGAGAUGGGACUCGAAGCUGGUCGAUCAUGAGGACGGUCCUUUAGUCCCCGAGAAGGUUCUGAUCGCCGUGAAGCAGUAUUGGGUCGCCGGAGGAAACUCCACGUCAGCAAACUGAAGGAUUUCCGGCUAUCGGAGGAAACUCCAUCGUCACUCCAUCGUCGGCAAACUGAAGAUUUUCCGGCGACCGGAGGAGGGUUUUUGUUUUAUCAGAUGAAACCAUGAUUUAUACAGGGUUGAGAGGAAACCUUUUGAGAUGCAAUCUGUCUUUAAAAAAAAUUAUGAAACUAUUUUAUUAUUUAUGAUUAUUAUUAUUGAUAAAAUUUUGUUAGAUUUU